AUGAAUCGAAAAUCAUUCGGAAAUCAUCGUUUCCGUGGAGGAGCACAUCGCGAUGUCAAACAGUUAUCUCGAAAUAAAAGUCGAUUCGACUACGAUGACGAGCCUGCAGUACCAGUCCGUACCAAUACCAAUUCUGCAAACAAUCGCGGACGUGAGGGUGCUCAACGAAAUCCGUUCUAUCGUUCCUCAGCAUCUAUCGCUAAUACCGGUGUUCGUAACGCAGCUCUCGUAUUCAAAUGUCGAGCCGUCGGAGCAGCCAAGAAAGUCGAAGCGAAAUGGCUCAUCAAGCAACUCCAUCAGAAAAUCGAGAAUUUCAAGCCAUUACUUUGGGAUGAGAACAACCGUGGCGAUUUUGAAUGGUUCGUUCGUGAUGAGGCCAUCGCGUCUAGUAUCCAGAAGUACAGUCGCCGUAUUUUUCAUGAAGAGACUGGAACAAGAGUUGUGCUUGUUUACACCAGAGUUCCAGCUCCAUGGAUGCAAUUGAAACGAUCAGAGAUAGAAAUUAUCAAUAGAGUUGUCGACAAGCGUUACGACGCCGAAUACCGCAUUCUAGAUCUUUCCGAGUUCCACGCUGACGAAGAGUUCACGUCAAGAGACAUGCUGAUGAAUCUCACUAAAGGAAAUGUUAUGCUCACAGUUCUUGAUCGUAUCGAUGAUAAAUACGGAAACAUCGUAGCGCUUUCACUUGCUAGAAAUCGAAUUCGCCAUUUAGAUUACGCAUCAGGUCUUGUCUCCAUCGCAAAGUUUGUUAAAGAAUUGGACUUCAGCCACAAUCAUAUUUCUGCCGAAAAGGAUUUGGAUAAAUUUGCCGGAUUACCAGUGGAAAAGUUCUUCUUCGAAGGAAAUCCAAUCGUCGAAACAUUCACACAGAAACCAUCAUAUAUCAGCUAUAUUCACAAGACGUUCCCGAGAUGCAACCUGCUGGAUGGAGUCGAAGUGAAACCCCUGGUCACUGAACCUGAACCCACUGAACCACUGGUCACUGAACCUGAGGUCAACAUCAAUGAUGUAAUGCCAUUCAGAGCCGGAUACUACCCAACCGAACAAAUUCGUAUUCUUGUCGAGCAUUUCGUUGUAUCAUUCUUUGACCUCUAUGAUGGAACAGAUGGUCAAAGAAAUCGGAGGAAUCUACACAACGCAUAUGAUGCUGAUGCGUCUGUUUUCACACUUACUAUCAAACAUUUAAGUGGAUCACAAUUCCAAAGACAUCACAAUGACGACUGCUACCGUCAAUAUGCUCAAUUAUCGCAUAAUGUCCUCGAACAACAAUACUUUGCUCACAAACGCGAAAGCCGGCAAGCUCGCGGAGCUAUGGAUAUCGCAGUUGCUUUGUCGAAGCUACCAACAACUCACCACAUGAAGAAUACAUUCAUCGUUGACGUCUUCCUGCACACAAACAAUCUUCUCGGAUUCACAGUUCAAGGACUAUUCCUCGACGGAGACCUUACCAAGGACCCAUCUCCAAGCUACUUCAGCAGAUCCUUCCUAGUUUCUCCCAGAGAGAAUAACACUGUGGCUGUUCUUUCUGACCAACUAUUUAUUUCGACAUCAUCACCGGAACGACUAGAAAAGUUCAAAAAGUUGAUUGACCAAGCAGCAAAAAACGCAAUGACGGAGGCGAUGUGCCAGUUCAGUGGAAUGAUUGCAGCAUACAGUGAGAAGUGUCUCGCUGAUUGCGAAUGGAAUUAUGCAUUGGCCUGCGCAAAGUUCAAGGAAAUAAGAUCUUCGAUUCCAGUCGAAGCAUUUUCUCUAUGA